ACCAACUCUGCUCGUUUCACUCUUCCCUCCUCCAGCUCAGCUCCAUAUCCCAUCCCUUCCCAACUAGAUUAACUCGCACACACAGACCAGCAAUAAUGGAGAUGCGGCUGAUGCUGGCCCUCCUUCUCAUCGCCGUGGUGGCGUCGCAGCUGCCGUCGGCGGCGGUGGCGGCCAACUACACGGUGGGCGACGACAAGGGGUGGAACCCGGACGUGGACUACACCGCCUGGGUCAAGAAGCACAAGCCCUUCUACAAGGGCGACUGGCUGCUGUUCGAGUACCAGAACGGCCGCUCCGACGUGGUGCAGGUGGACGAGGUCGGGUACGACAAGUGCGACAAGGCCAACGCGCUGAGCAGCUACAGCAAGGGCCACAGCUACGCCUUCCAGCUCAAGGAGGCCAAGGACUACUACUUCAUCUGCAGCUACGGAUACUGCUACUCCGGCAUGAAGCUUCACCUCACCGCAAAGAGCAGCAGCUCCAAGUCCUCACCCGACUCCUCCUCCUCCUCCUCGACGUCCAAGUCCAAAUCCAACGCCGCGCCGCCGUCCCUCCUCGCCGCCACUCCCUACGCUGCAGCUGCCGGCGUUGCUGCCCUGCUUCUCCACAGGAUGUUCUGAUCCAUCCAUCGAUCAAACAUUGGCUCGGUUCCAAAAAUUGGCUCAGAAUCGGAUCCUCAGUUUCUUCUUGGCUCUGGCUAAUUUUGGUACGGUCUUGCUUGAUUUAUGUUUCCUUUUUCUCACAUCUCUUUCCGUGUGGUGCUACUCUAGUUGAGGUUGCAAAGAUUGUGCAAGUGUGAAGCAAUUUAGAUCAAUACAUUAUUACCAUUUCUCGA